AUGGAGCAAGUCAAGCAAUUCAUCCACGGAGAACGAGACUACAUCAAAAUUAGGGGAGGCACGGGGCCGCUGGUCUACCCUGGCGCCCACGUUUACAUAUACAGAAUUCUGUAUCACCUGACAGAUCAUGGAAGCAAUAUUCGCCUUGCACAGUUUGUUUUCGGCGGCGUCUACCUUGUCAACUUGGCCGUGGUCAUGGCCUGCUAUAGACUUGCGCAAGUUCCGCCUUACGUCUUUCCGCUUCUGGUAUCGUCGAAGAGAUUGCACAGCAUCUACCUGUUGCGAUGCUUUAACGAUUGCUUCGCCGUGCUGGCACUGUUCGUGGCUACCUAUGCAUAUCAAAAGCGAAUGUGGACCGCGGGCUCGGUUGUCUACUCUUUAGGACUGGGUGUCAAGAUGAGCUUGCUGCUGGUAUUACCAGCGAUUGGUAUGAUCUUGCUCCAAGGCAUUGGGAAGGAUCGAGCUAUCACACAAGCGAUGAUUAUAGGGCAGCUGCAGGUGCUCAUCGGAUAUCCAUUCCUGGCGGUUAACGCAAGAAGCUACUUCUCUCGUGCAUUCGAAUUUACAAGACAGUUUCUUUACAAAUGGACAGUCAAUUGGAGAUUUGUCAGCGAAGAGACGUUUCUCUCGAAGAGGUUCGCGCUGUCACUACUGCUCGCACAUGCGUGCCUGCUAGCGCUCUUCCUAUCUACGAGAUGGAAGAAGCCCUCGAAGCGCUCGUUGCCCGACUUCAUGCGGACAAUGCUGAGGGAACCGCGCGACCAGGACCUUAUCUCUAGAAGGGUUACACCGCAGGUCAUCCUCACGACUAUCCUCAGCGCCAAUGCCAUCGGAAUGCUCUGCGCAAGGUCUCUCCACUACCAAUUCUAUUCAUGGCUAGCAUGGGCCACUCCUUUCCUUCUAUGGCGUGCUGGGUUCCAUCCUGUCCUCCAGUACGCGUUAUGGGCCGCGCAAGAGUGGGCAUGGAACGUGUACCCGAGCACGCCUGCGAGCUCGAUGACUGUUGUUUCAAUACUGGCAGUCCAAGUAGCGGGCGUUUGGUGGGGUACGAGAGAGGAUUUUGUUGAUAGUCGAGAUGGCCGGCCACAGCAUCAGCAUGUUGAGUAG